AAUAACAUGAUAACUACAAAUAAAACAAACUGUGACUAAUUAAUUAUAUUUACAAAAAUAGCUGGUAGUAAUGUUUAGAAAACUUCCUACGAAAAGUAUCUAAUUUAUGAACUGCUUCAGCAUACCUUGUUUAGUAUCAAAAGCAGCAGGUUGUACGCAAAAUAAUUUCCACCACCAAACUGUACUUCUUGCCGGCUCAUUACGUAAAAGUAAAGUUAUCCACUAACGUGCACUGUUUGCGAUACAAAUUCAUAACUGCACAUGACAGUAAAGAACAAGUCUAUUUAAACUGAAAGAAAGGAAAUUAUUAUCCCCACGGAACUCAGCAGCAGAGAAAUUCAGUGUGUUGGUUGCGCCUGCUUGGAUUCUUCGCGCGAAAACAAUUCUAAAUCGUGAAAAUGGAGGGAUUUGAUGAUCCUGGUGUGUUUUUCUCUGAUAAUUUUGGGGACGUAGAAGCUGAUGCUAAUCAGCUUAAUCUUCAGGCUUUUAAAAGAAAAUUUAAGGAUUUCUUGAGAAAAUUUCACGAAGGAAAUUUUAAUUACAAGUACAGAAAUGAACUGAAACGUCAAUACAAUCUUCGUCAGUAUUGGUUAGAAGUGAACAUUGAAGAUUUGGCUAGUUUCGACGAGUCGCUUGCUGAUAAAUUGUAUAAACAACCAACCGAAAAUCUUCCAGUGUUUGAAGAGGCUGCAAAAGAGGUUGCUGAUGAGGUUACGGCACCAAGACCAGAAGGAGAGGAAGGUGUGGAAGACAUACAAAUCUUUCUAUCCUCUGAUGCUAAUCCAGCCUCCUUAAGAGAUAUGAAGUCACACGUAGUAUCUCGGCUAGUUAAGGUACCAGGGAUCAUUGUGUCUGCUUCAGGAAUCAGAGCUAAGGCAACCAAGAUUGCCAUUCAGUGUCGUUCUUGCCGAAAUAUGAUUCCAGAUCUCCCAGUUAAGCCAGGUUUGGAAGGUUAUGUUCUUCCAAGGAAAUGCACAACAGAACAGGCAGGUAGACCAAAAUGCCCAUUAGAUCCAUUUUUCAUUGUCCCAGAUAAAUGCAGUUGUGUUGACUUCCAGGUGCUUAAGUUGCAAGAGUUGCCAGAUUCUAUUCCUCAGGGUGAAAUGCCACGCCACCUGCAGCUAUAUUGUGAUAGAUACCUUUGUGAACGGGUUGUCCCAGGUAACAGGGUUAUUAUUUUGGGUAUAUAUUCCAUUAAGAAAAUAACCAAGCCUUCUAAACAUGGAGGUCGGGAGAAACCAAUUGUUGGUGUGAGGGCACCCUACUUACGUGUUGUGGGAAUACAAGUUGACACACAUGGUACAGGAUUCACCAGUGCUUUACCAGUUACAUCUGAUGAAGAAGAGAUGUUUCGUCGCAUGGCAUCAAGCCCUAAUCUUCAUGAACGGAUUGCUGCAAGCAUUGCACCAAGUAUCUUUGGAGCUACAGAUAUUAAAAAAGCAAUAAGUUGUUUACUGUUUGGAGGGUCACGUAAACGUCUACCAGAUGGACUGACAAGGCGUGGUGAUAUUAACAUCCUGUUGUUGGGUGAUCCUGGUACAGCCAAAUCACAGCUCCUGAAAUUCGUAGAAAAGGUGUCUCCUAUUGGAAUAUAUACUUCUGGUAAGGGAUCAUCAGCAGCUGGUCUCACAGCUUCAGUAAGUCGUGAUCCUAUCACUCGCAACUUUGUGAUGGAAGGUGGAGCAAUGGUUUUGGCUGAUGGUGGUGUAGUCUGCAUAGACGAGUUUGACAAGAUGAGAGAAGAUGAUAGAGUUGCUAUCCAUGAGGCAAUGGAACAACAAACAAUAUCCAUUGCCAAGGCUGGCAUCACAACAACCUUAAAUUCCCGCUGCUCUGUCUUGGCUGCAGCCAACUCUGUUUUUGGACGUUGGGAUGAUACAAAAGGAGGGGAGAAUAUUGACUUCAUGCCUACUAUUCUGUCCCGUUUUGACAUGAUCUUCAUAGUGAAAGAUGUGCAUGAUGAAAACAGAGACAAAACCCUUGCAAAACACAUCAUGAAUGUCCAUAUGAAUGCUGGUCAGAUGUCUGAUGAUGUUGCUACAGAUGGAGAACUGUCACUAAUGAUGAUAAAGAAGUACAUAAACUACUGCCGGCUUCAUUGUGGUCCGCGACUUUCAGAAGCUGCUGGGGAAAAACUGAAAAAUCGCUAUGUGCUGAUGCGUGGUGGAACUAGGGAACACGAGUUGGAGAUGGACAAAAAGUUAUCCAUUCCAAUCACUGUGAGACAGUUGGAAGCCAUCAUACGCAUAGCUGAGUCUCUAGCUAAGAUGCAGCUGCAGCCAUUUGCAACAGAAUCACAUAUUAAUGAGGCAUUGAGAUUGUUCAAGGUGUCAACCUUGGAUGCUGCAAUGUCUGGAACUCUGGCUGGUGCUGAAGGUUUCACUUCAGAGGAAGACCACGAGAUGCUUACAAGAAUUGAGAAACAAUUGAAGAGGAGGUUUGCCAUUGGUUCACAGGUUUCUGAGCACAAUAUUGUGCAAGAUUUCUUGAGACAGAAGUAUCCAGAGCGAGCUAUUUACAAGGUAAUCCACACAAUGAUUCGCCGAGGGGAACUGCAGCACAGGGUGCAACGCAAGAUGCUUUUCCGUCUCGCAUAAGUGGGGCAAGUUGGUGUAAACUUAAAUAUUAUCUUUUAUAUAUGGGAAAUGUAAUAUUUAAGCUCCUCAGUUUUCAUAGAAAAUAAAUAUUAGGAAUAAUGCAGAAUAGUUUGAAAUACAAUAAACCUUUGUUAAUCCAAAUAUUGCAUAAUCCAGUCCUUGGUUGGUACCAUGUGGUUGUGCUCAAAGUUUAUUAACAUCUGUACAGUGAAAAACUCAUUCUGUCAUCCUUAAGUAACUUCUUUAUCAUGUCCUAAAAGUGUUUAAGAGUGAAUUAUGGCAUGUAAUUAAAGCAUAUCAUCAUCUGAAGCACAUUAAUAAAUUAAGGAAUGAGACUCUAAAUUACUGUUAAGGUUUCACCUAUAGUAGUUUUAAUAUGUUUAUGUUCUGACAAGGCAGUUCCUCAAGCUAAGAAGGGAUAAGCAUGAUCCUUUGAGAUAAAGCUUACAUUCCUGAUAUAAUUACUGUGUCAUGGUAUAUUAAAACAAUAUUAAAGUGUUUCA